CUGGUUGUUGUCAUGGAGGAGCAAAGAUGGCGACCCUGGCUUAUAGCCUGGGCAAACUCGAAAUAAAUCAGUAUUUCACCAUUAAAAAUGCUAAAUUAAUAUCUCUUUUCCUUGCUCUCGUGCUCCUUUUGGUUCAUUCCUUUUCUGGCCUUUUGAACGGCUCUGACUCCUGUCAGCGGCUGCUGUCCACUGGGCGCUUCUUGGGGAACAAUGUGUGGCAGCCUGAAGGCUGUAUGAUGCACACUUACACCAGCAGGGAGGCCAGCACCUGCCUCAAUGGAAAGAAGGUCAUCUUUAUUGGGGACUCCCGGAUCAGAGCUCUGUUCAUCUCGUUCAUCAGUAUAAUAGCGUCUCAAAAGCAGUCUGCCAUAAAGAAGCAUGCUGACAUCUCUUUUAGAGACAACAGCUCCGCAGCUCAAGUGCAUUUUGUUUGGAGCCCUUGGACAAAUAAUUCAAUGAAAGAGCGUUUAAUAUUGGUGUCUAAGGAACCUGUAAAGCCUGAUGCCCUAAUCAUUGGAGCUGCUUCAUGGAUUAUCAGAGACUUCAAGGGGAGUGCAGAGGGGCUACACCAGUACAAAGUCAAUUUGACAUCCAUGUCUCCUGCUCUGGAGAGGCUGGCAGAGCAUGGAGAGGUCUACUGGCACAUACAAGAGCCAGUGAACUGGAGGGCUCUGAGCCUAAGCAGGAGGAUGAUCACAGAUCAGCAGAUAGACCUGUACAAUGAAGCAGCCGCAGAGGCUCUGGGCUUUGGGCGCACCCACAUCCGCCCACUCACAGUGUCUCGUCUGGCCGCUCUUGAGACCCUAAACCAGUCAGCUGAUGGCUUGCACAUGGCCGAUAGCAGCGUGGACGUGGGAGCCAUGGCGUUCAUGAACAGUCUGUGUAACAAAGUGAUCCGGCCCAUCGACGGUUCCUGCUGCCAGAACAUGCCCCCUCUCACUUUUCUCCAGAAGAUGGCACUGUGUGUGUUUUUAGCCUCGAUUCUACUUUUCCUGCUGUUCCACUUUCUGAGGAAACGGCCCCAUCGGCGACCCGUGGCCCCUGACCUGGAGAGUUUAGAGGAGAAGAAGCCAGCUACAGCCACAGGGCCCUUGGGGCCCGAGGCAGUGUGCGGGGCCCUGUGCAGAAUGGGGCUCAUCAUGGUCUACUUCUACCUGUGUGACAGAGCAGAUGUGUUUAUGAAGGAACAGAAAUACUACAGUCACUCUGCCUUCUUCAUCCCUCUUAUCAAUGUCUUUGUGCUGGGAUUGUUCUGCAACGAAAGCACCAAAGAGAGCCGUGUGCUGAACAGGGAGCAGACAGAUGAGUGGAAGGGCUGGAUGCAGUUGGUCAUUCUCAUCUAUCAUAUUUCAGGAGCCAGUGCUUUCAUUCCGGUGUACAUGCACGUCCGUGUGCUAGUGGCAGCUUAUCUCUUCCAAACAGGCUAUGGACACUUCUCUUUCUUCUGGCUUAAAGGGGACUUUGGUCUGUACAGACUUUGUCAGGUACUAUUUCGCCUCAACUUCCUGGUGCUGGUGUUGUGUGCAGUGAUGGACAGGCCAUACCAGUUCUAUUACUUUGUUCCUCUGGUCUCGUUCUGGUUUGUGAUCAUCUACAGCACACUGGCCAUGUGGCCUCAGAUUGUGCAGAAGAAAGCCAGCAACAGUGCCCUGUGGUACUUGGGAAUCCUGCUGAAGUUACUGGGCCUCCUGCUGCUCAUCUGCCUCUUUGCUUAUUCACAGGACAUGUUUGAGAGCACCUUCACAGCGUGGCCACUUUCAGAGCUCUUUGAACUCAAUGGCAACAUUCAUGAGUGGUGGUUCCGCUGGAGACUGGAUCGUUUUGCUGUGGUACAGGGGAUGUUGUUUGCCUUCCUUUAUCUGCUCCUUCAGAAGAAGCAGGUGCUGUCAGAGACUAGAGGAGACACUCUGUUCUCAGCUAAAGUGUCCCUGCCCAUGCUGCUCCUCUCUGGGCUCUCUUUCAUUACAUACUCGGUGUGGGCUAGCAACUGCCAAACCAAAGCCCAGUGCAACGAGAUGCACCCCUACAUCUCUGUGGUCCCAAUUUUGGCCUUCAUCCUCAUCAGGAACAUUCCUGGAUUUGCCCGCUCCGUCUACAGCUCUUUUUUUGCCUGGUUUGGGAAAAUCUCUUUGGAGCUGUUCAUCUGUCAAUACCACAUCUGGUUGGCAGCAGACACCAAGGGCAUCUUGGUGCUCAUCCCCGGAAACCCCCCCCUCAACAUCCUGGUCAGUAGCUUCAUCUUUGUCUGUGUGGCUCAUGAGAUUUCCCUCAUCACCAACAUUCUGGCCCAGCUGCUCAUUCCUAAAGACACUGUGCCUCUGCUGAAGAGGCUGGGGGCCGUGGGGCUCCUCACUCUGCUUCUGGGGGCCUGGGGCCACCCCACUUCUGGGACUUGAGUUCUGUUCAUAUGUAUGGCACUUUGAGUCCACGGAGUCCCCAGUGACUCGGACCGAGGAGCAGUUUAUACGAAGGUGUUUUCCAAAGGGCCUCAUCUGCUGCUGUGUUACAAUCUGGCUCCAUUCACCAGGAUGACGAUUGUACUGUGCUCUCCUCCGACCAUAAGAAGUGACAGAAUUGUGUGUAGUUACUUCUGUCCAAACUGUUGUCACAAUGGCCAGUGUGUGGGUGUACCAGGCCUGCCACUGUCAGCUCCAGGCUGGUUACACUUCAACAAUCUAAGGAUGUGUACAUUGAUUGUGUGCAAUCAAUAUUGUAAUCUCUGCUUAUGUUUGUUGUUUACUGUGAGAGGUAUUUGAAAUAAUUAUUUAAUUAUUGUGUGCAUAAUUUUAUAGAGUAUUGUUUUAUGUUGUACUUUGUACCAUAAUGACAGCUGUAUGUGGGAGAGGUGGGCAUCCUUUUCUGUCCUUAGAAGGUUUGAAUACAACACUCAUUCCAAAACUUGUGUUUUUCAUCACAGUCUUUCUUAGCUUCUCUUAUCUUCUGUUCACAGUACUGCCCUCUGUAGGAACUUUUAGGAGUCGUAUGAGUCAAGUGUCCAUCACACAGAAGCUCAUUGCACCUUUGACUUUCAAAUUGGAAAAUUUUGGAAUAUCAUAGAAACAGGACACAUCAUGCACUCUCUGUGACGGCACCACAUACCACUUUGACCUACUAGUAAAUAAACCGGUGAACCGAAAACUUU